UCCCUUUUGUGCAUAUAUAUAUAUAUAUAUAUAUACUCAAACGCACAAAAAUCCCGGUUGACGAAUGGAACAGCGCCACGUGCUCCUAGUAACCUUCCCGGCCCAAGGCCACAUCAACCCUGCCCUUCAGUUCGCGAAGAAGCUGAUGAGCAUGGGCAUCCACGUCACAUUCGCCACCUGCACAUCCGCACGCCGCCGCAUGGCCAAGUCCACCACCACCAACCUAACCAAGGGCCUCACCUUCGUCGAAUUUUCCGACGGAUUCGACGACGGAUUCAACAUGGGCGACGACGUCACUAAGUUAAUGACCGAGAUACGAAGCCACGGCUCCAAGGCCUUGAAAGACGCCAUCCGCACCGCCGCCGACCAGAGCCGCCCCAUCACAACCCUAAUCUACACCCUCCUCCUCCCCUGGGCGUCCGAGGUGGCGCGUGACCUCCACAUUCCCAGCGCGCUUCUCUGGAUCCAACCGGCCACCGUUUUGAGCAUAUACUACCACUACUUCAACGGUUUUGCAGACGAAAUCACCGCAAACUCCGAUGAUCCCUCGUGGAGAAUUCAGAUCCCCGGAGCUCCGCUGCUCUCCAAGAGCGACCUCCCUUCCUUCAUGCUUCCGUCAAGCUCGGACGCGCAUGCCUUAAUGCUCCCCACGUUUAAAGAGCAGCUCGAAGCGCUGGAUGCAGAGACGAAGCCGAGAGUGCUCGUCAACACUUUCGACGCGUUGGAGGCGGAAGCGCUGGGCGCCAUCCCCGGAUACGAGAUGAUCGGAGUUGGCCCGUUGAUUCCCUCCGCUUUCAUCGACGGCAAGGAUCCGUCCGAUAAGUCGUUCGGCGCCGACCUCUUCGAGAAAUCCGACGACUGCAUCGAGUGGCUGAACUCGAAGCCCCAAUCGUCGGUGGUUUACGUGUCGUUUGGCAGUCUGUUGAAGCUCCCGAAGGUGCAGAUGGAGGAGAUCGCCAAGGGCCUGCUCGACGCCGGUAGGCCGUUCCUGUGGGUGUUCGAGGAGUUGAGGUGGUUGAAGGAUUUGGGGGAGAUGGGGAAGAUUGUGGCGUGGUGCUCCCAGCUCGAGGUCCUGACGCACCCGUCGCUGGGAUGCUUCGUGACGCACUGCGGAUGGAACUCGAGUCUGGAGAGCUUGUCGUGUGGGGUGGGCGUGGUGGCGUUCCCCCAUUGGACGGAUCAGGGGACCAAUGCGAAGUUGAUUGAGGAUGUGUGGAGGAUAGGAGUAAGAGUGAAACCGAAGGAGGAUGGGGUCGUGGAGAGUGGGGAGAUAAGGAGGUGUGUCGAGGAAGUGAUGGAUGGGGGUCAGAAGAGCAUUCAAUUCAGAGACAACGCCAACAAAUGGAAGGGACUCGCCAGAGAAGCUGCGGCGGAAAAUGGAUCUUCUACGCACAAUUUGACGGCUUUUUUUCAUCAACUUGGACUUGAUCGUUAAUUGGGAUCUAUGUAUUUCGCUUUCUAUGAUGUCAAUCCAAUUACCCUAUUUUAUGAAAGACUACUCAUGCUAUUUGGCAUU